UUUCUGCCUCCGUUUCCUAAUUCUACAGAGUAAUAAAAUGUCUGUCGGCGGUGGAUCAAACAAGGAUUAGCGAUCAAUCACACAAGCAAGCAUCUCAUUAAUGUAGGGGUUUUCCAUCAACCAUCCGAACGAAUUUGCUUCGAAAGUGCGAAAGGCCGAAAGAGGGACAAUCACUCGUUACCUAAUAAUCCAUACGCUUCCAGAAAGAGUCUUGUUUGACCGGAAGCAUUGUGCAAACCCAGAACAGCCAACAUUGUGCGAAUCCAUCAUCGGCACGCACCAUUCGCGCGGUAGACGGGAAAAGGUGGACGGAGUAUAUAUAAUUUUUAUUUAGGAUUUGUGACACAGUUUGAAGGUACCUGAAGGCUGUGCAGUGCAUACGCUGCAUACGAGGCAAUUUGGCAGAACCCUGGGUUGUUGGGGCUCCCGAAAGAGGUCGUCGGCGGAUAACAGGGGGAAGAUGGCAAAAAAGUCUGGCCUACAGCCGCUGAUGCUGGAUCCCAAUACAGGAAGAAGUAGAGGAAAUGGUACAGAACUUAACAUUGAACAAAGUCCAAGAUCUCCUUUGAGUGCAAAGUCCCCGAAAUCACCAAGGUCCCCCUUCAAAUUCAAUACAAAGAAAUCACAAUUGCUGCACCAGGCUCAAACUCAGGCUCAAGCUCAAGAGCAACAACAGCAGCAGCAACAGCAAGAAGAAGAACAAGGACAAGGACAAUCUCAAAGAAACGAAACUUCUUUUAUGCAAGAAGGCGACCCGCAGAUAACCAGAAAAGAUUUACCAUUUACCAGUGGGAGCGGAAGUGGAAGUGGAAUACCAACAUCACAAACUCUUCCUUCUCUUUCCUCAAUUCAAUCUUCAAGGGCUUCAGAUAAGGUUGGGGUAAAAGAAAGACCUUCUCGAACUGGAUUCUUCUCAAAUUAUAAAGCAUUGAAAAGUGCAAGUAAAUUUCAAUCAUCAUCCUCCUCACCAUCAGAUAUAUCACGCCAAGUGAAUGUUGUCGAGGACAAUAAUAUGUCUAGAGACACAGACCGCCCUACGAUGAGCGUAGAGGUUUCAUCACAGGACACUAAAAGAAGUGGUACGACCCAUUUUGUUUCGUCCCUUCCUCUUCAGACAAUAAUGCCGUUGAAUAAUUUAUCCAUAUUGAGUGAUUCACAUAAACUAAUACCAUUCCAAAAUAGAUUCAGGUACUGCUAGAUCAUUAGUUAGUAAACCAGUCGGGGCUUCGUCAAGAUCUGACGCCUCGCUGGCAUCAUCAACGAACGAAUCCCCACAACAGAAUUCGGAUUCAAAUUCCAUCAAUAAUCGAAAGAAUAAAUCAAAGCAAUUCAGUCUCCUCGGUAGAACCAGAUCAUUGCGAGAUGAUCAAAGCCCCGCCGAGCCAUCUCCGCCAAAAAAUAAUUAUUUGGAUCCCGACUCAUCCACACAUCAACACGCAAGUUCCUCAGGUUCUAUAAAGACGACGACACCGGCUCGAGGCGACGACGAUAUGAAUCUCAGGGAGAUGUCGACUCCAACCAAUAUUCGACAACGAUCGCAAGACCGCCAACAUAGUCGCUCUCGAGAUAACCGCGGGAAGGAAUCCACAAAGGAACAUACGAAGGAUAGUGGCAGAAAUCAAUCGUCCUUCUCCUCAACAUUUAAAGAGGCUGGUGGACAUGCAUUCUUCAAUAAUAUUAGAUCACAAGCAACAAAGGGAGCUGGGGUGAUACACAAGAAUUUGUUUGGAAAGGGAGGACGAAUUAGCAGCUUUGCACAGAAGGAAUCUCUGAUCGACGACGAGCAUUACGUUCUAAAAGUUAUCAACAAGCCUCUUAUUGAACAAACACGGCUCACCAGAAUAUCAAAAAGGCUGGAAGACUCAAGGGAUAAAACGGAGUUUUGGAUGCCAUCCUUCCCGUGGAGAGCAAUUGAUUAUCUUAACUACAAAGGGAGCGAUGUGGAGGGACUUUACAGAGUACCUGGAAGUGGACCGCAGGUUAAAAAAUGGCAGAGAAAAUUUGAUGAAGGUUUACAAGACCUUAUCCUUGAGUACUUUUGAGAAUAUACUGACAUACCGCCAGAAAUGGAUAUCGAUCUCUUCGAAUGUGAUGAUUUGUACGAUAUAAAUAUCAUCGGCUCUAUGCUUAAAGCAUGGCUUCGCGAACUCCCCGACGAACUCCUUCCCAGAGCUGCACAAGAUCGAAUUGCCAGAGAGUGUGCGGGUUCUCAGAAGGUUCCUCAACAACUUGUCGACGAGUUAUCUAACCUUUCACCAUUCAAAUAUUACCUUCUCUUUGCCAUCACUUGCCAUUUGUCUCUUCUACUCGCCCACUCCGAAAAGAAUAAGAUGGACUUUAGGAAUCUGUGUAUAUGUUUUCAGCCUUGCAUGAAGAUGGACGCAUUUUGUUUCAAAUUUCUUGUUUGCGACUGGAGGGAUUGCUGGAAGGGUUGUAGGACAGAAGCGGGAUAUAUCGAACAGGAGUAUAUGCUCUUUGACCAAAUGCCACCAGGAAGUGCUGGAGGAUGUAGCAGCAUCGCCGUUGAAAGUCAUGAUGAGAGGAAUGUCAGCAGCUCGGACAGCAGCAAGCCAUCGAGUGUCAGCCUCGAGCAUCAGGGUCGAAAACAUAGCAAUGAGAAGGGCCGAAAAACCAGUGGGGAGAGGAACCAACGCCGAAGCCCGGAUAUUGAAAAGAAUCAGCGCAGAGUCCCGGAGAUCGAGAAGAAUCAACGCCGAAGCCCUGAGAUCGAGAAGAACCAACGCAGAGUCCCAGAGAUUGAGAAGAACCAACGCAGAAGUCCAGAUAUUGAGAAGAACCAACGCAGAGUCCCGGAGAUUGAGAAGAAUCAACGCAGAAGUCCGGAUAUUGAGAAGAAUCAACGUACAGGCCCGGAGAUAGAGGAGAAUCAACGUAGAGGCCCAGAGAUCGACAAGAAUCAACGCAGAAGCCCGGAUAUCGAGAGGAAUCAACGCAGAAGCCCAGACAGUGAGAGAAGUCAAAGGGAUAAUCAUAGGGAGGUUGCCAUGAGUCAAAGUAAUAGUAUGAACAGUAUGGAUACUGUCAGCACCACUUUGACCGUUGUACAACCAAAUAAGCCUCGAAAUGGUGAUCUCAGACCAUUGAGUCCUAUCAAGCCACUCUCUCCCAUCGGGUUCUGAGUUUCUUCUGCUUAGCAUCACGACAGCAAUAAUACAACACAUACUAGGUAGGCUUCCAGAAGUCACGCCAAAAUAUCGCAUAUCAUUACGAUUCCACCCUAAGUAUUAGAGCACUACGGUUCUUCUAGAAAAGGGUGCAAACGAAGAUACCGGACGAUAUUGCAUUUUUUUUCGGUCGAUAUUUCAUUGCUUACGGACUUUGGGAAAUGGAAUGGACUGGACGCAUUCGACGAAUUUCCUUUAUACAGUCACGCACAAACGCCGACAAGAUCUAUAUCUACACAGUUCUUGACGUUCGUUUUGUCCGUUCACGCGACACAAGUUUUUCCUUUCCAAUUUAAUGGUUUUACAAAAUUUUCAUGCUUGUUUUGUUGAAUACCCUCCAGCGCAGCAUGUUUGAAUCUUGACAGCAAAGCAUAUCAGCAAAGCAUAUCAGCACAGAAGGCGGGUUUAAUAGGGAUGGGUCUGGC